AUGGACGGAGCCGAAUUCGAGAAUCGGUGGAAGAAUUCGAAGUUGGGCCGAGAUCAAGCCUAUUACCGAGCCUCAACCCGGGCUUCCCCUCCUACUGAAUUCAUUCUCCCAGAAUUCGUUCAUUUCAAAAAUCCCCAGGGUCGAUACCUGAAGAGCGUUCCGAACAGCAUCGGAUGGUACGGCCUCAAGUGGGACCCCACAGCUCCCGACCUCGACUGUCGCUUCAGGGUUCGACAGAUCCCUGAAGAACCGGGCAAAUUCUACGUCCUCGGACGAGCGAGCGACGACUAUCGCUUCUGCGUCUCCUUGUACAAGUCCAGCGGAAGUACCAAGAUUGACGAUAGCAAGAUCAUCGAGCUUACUCCUACUAUCGCGAUCGAGAAGGUGUUGGAGAAUAGGACUGAUGCUGAUGCCAGCCAGUCCGUCUCUUACACCUACACGAAGAGCGAGGAAGGUAAUUGGAACAACGCCGCUGGUAUCGAGCUCGGACAGGGGUUCACCUUCAAGGCUGGUGUUCCUUUCAUCACCGAGGCGGAGGUCGAAGUCUCUGUCACGGAAGCGUAUGAACACCAAUGGGGUGGGUCAACGAUCGAGUCGGUCGAAGUGCAGACUUCCACCUCUACCGUUGUUCCGGCCCACACCACGGUCAAACUCACCGUCUUGAUCUACAAGAGUCAACUCGACAUUCCCUUCUCGUAUACGGAGAGGGUCACCAAUUUCGACGGAAGCGUCGUCGAAGUCAAGAACAAGGAAGGCGUUUACCACAACGUCCAGUUCAUCAAGGAUCAUGCCACCAGCGAUCCUAUUCGUCGCAUCUAA